AUGGCCAGCCAUGACGCCCAGCCUGAAACAGCGCCGUCAUCAGAGUCUCUUUCGGGGCCGGAAACGUCCACAGCCCGGCAGAACACCAGAAAUGAAGCGACCCGGGCGCCCAAUCAGGCAGCGAAGCAGAAAGUCGAUUUCUCCAUCGAUGGUCUUCUGUCCGAUCGCACUUCCACGACUCAGUCGUCCUUCAAGGUCGACUUGGAGUUCUUGCCGGGAGCUGAGGAGUGUUCAGAAAAGGCGAGCACCGACGACCGCAGCUCCCGGUUUGACUGGCUCCAGUGCAGCCGCUACAAGCCACCUAAGCUACCACGCCGACGCGAGUUCCCGCGGAGGCGCUACCUGGGCAGGAAUCCUCGGAUCCCUUUCACGGGGGCUCAAGUGUCGGCACUGGAGGCGCAGUUUCUGGCGAACCGCUACCUGAGCGGGGCUCAGGUGCACCGCAUCGCCGACAACCUCGGACUCACCGAGACGAGGGUGAAGAUAUGGUUCCAAAACAGAAGGGCCCGAGAGAAGCGAGAGCGGCCGCCAGCUACCCUGUCCAACGCCCGCGUCGACGAGACAUCGGUUCCAAGGACCUCGGAAGCCGUCCCAGGACUCUCAGGCGGCGUUCAGCAACAGCUUCGUCCUUUUCAUCCUUUCUCAGCCGGUGUUCAGAGUCCAGAAAACGCGGUGCUGAGUAGGGUAGGAGCCAGCUUUCUACCAUUUGCUUACUGGCCACCGCCACCUCCACUGCCUCCGCCGACAUCUUGGUUUCAGAAGACAGAACAGUAUCCGUGA